AUUAACUUCAUUGCUAGUGCGUUGGAAGUGUAGGUGGGCUGAAUCCCUAACCCAAUUAGAACACAAAAUAUGAUCCUCAUGGGGGCUGGACUUGGGCUGAGCCCUUAAUCAAGCAUCUCUUUCCUCCUCACCCAGUUUUUUCAGUUUAUUAUUAUUAUUUUUUUAAACUCAUGAAUGCCUCUUGUUUUGAUUCCUUACAGCAGAAAUAAUAGAAGAAGAAGAUGUUUAGAUUAUUCCUUGCGAAGGCUGCUCUGAAACAUUAUGCCCUACAUCGUUGGAACUUCAUUCCGAAGAGAGAACUUCACAGUAGAAAUAAGAAGGCUAUGGAAUACAUUGCAAAAGGGUGGAGUGCUGUGAAGGAGGUGGAUAGAGUCAUAGACUACACUGAACUCAACGAUCGCCGUCUUAUCCCUCUUCUUAGGACUGCAAAAGAGAAUUUUGAGUUGGCUUUGGAGGCAGACAACACGAACACCCAUGCCAGAUACUGGUUGGCCAGAUUACAUAUGAAAUACCAUGUACCAGGGGCAUGUAAAGCUAUAGGAGCUGCUUUGUUAGUCGAAGCUGCAGAGAUGGGUGAUCCAGAUGCACAAUAUGAAUUGGGUUGUCGUUUAAGAGUUGAGAAUGAACAUGUUCAGUCUGAUCAACAGGCAUUCUAUUAUUUGGAGAAGGCUGUAGACCAGCUGCAUCCAGGUGCACUCUACCUUCUGGGUGCUGUAUAUCUGACAGGGGAUUGUGUGAAGAAAGAUGUUGCCUCAGCAAUAUGGUGUUUCCAUAGGGCAUCAGAGAAGGGACAUGCUGGUGCAGCUAUAGCAUAUGGAUCUCUUCUUCUUCAAGGUGCUCAAGUCCCUGAUUCUAUAGUGAGAUUCAAUUCCAAUAGGGGCUCCUCUGCCAAGACCAGAAAGAAUGCUGGAAGUCCUUUGCUGGAUCCAGUAGAGAUGGCAAGAGAACAAUUUCAGAUUGCUGCAAAGGCAGGAUGUGAUCUUGGAUUCAAAUGGUUAAAAAGACUAGAGGAGGAAGAGCAGCGUCUGCUGGCUGGAUAAUGCUGCUACUGCAUGUGACUGAUUGGUCUUCAUUGUGGCCGAGCUGGAAACUGGUUGAGCUCAAGGUCAAUUUUUUGAAGGUUACACAAUACGGCAAGUUAAAUUGCUCUAAAAACAAUGUCAUGUUAAAGUAUCCAAAGUUCACAUGCUGAAGUAGGUAGCUGUCUCGGAGUAGAUACAUUGCUUGAAAAAUUGGUGUAAUAAUCCUUUUGUACAUUUCUUGUUCUGAAUAAACAAUAAUAUGAACUUGUGCGGAAAUAACUAUGUUUUUUUGGUAGAAAAAAUGAAUUACUGUUCAAGUGAUCGAGAAAUAGUUGAUGUAAACCUUUCUCAAGCAAGAUUUUGAAUAAUGAAAUGUGUUUCCUGCUGUAAA